AUGUUAAAAAAAUAAAUCAUUUUACUUAUUGAAAACAGCUCCAUUAUUUCUAUAAAAGGAAAAGAAGCUUUUGAAAUUUUACAGUUAAUUACAAUUAAUGAAAUUUGUCAAAUAUAAUAAGCUCCAACCAAAUUUUUACUCAGUACAAAUCGAAGAGUCAUUUUUGAAGCUAUCUUACAUAGACCAUAAAUGUAAGAUAUUAUUUUUAUUAAUCAAAAGAAAAGUAUAUGGUAAUAUUCUUAUGAUGAGAUAAGUUUAGAUAUUGAUAGAGAUUUUUAAAGUUCUAUAGUUAACCAUAACAAAAAAUUCUUAAUCAGAAAAAAAUUUAAAUUACAGACUAUGAAAAUUACUUUCAUAUCUUCUAAGUAUAUGUAGUCUAUCUUUUUUUAAUAUUUAAGGUUUCAAAUUUAUUCUAAACAAUCUGAAAGGAGAAUCUAUUAUUGA